CUUUCUUUCUGCUUUUCCAUCAAAUCCUUAUUCCCUGUCAAAAAACGAUCCAAUCCAUUUUUUUCUUCUUAUUGACACAUUUGUCAUUUCUUUAUCCAAAAAUUCGUUCUCAUUGUCUCAAAUCAACCCAAUUAGAAAAGGCUUCUCUCUCUCUCUGUGUACCUCUUCUUUUUCUUUUCGGUCUGCUGUCCAUUUUGCUAUUAAGGUUAUUUUAUGGGACCAAUCAAAACCUUAUUGAUUUGAGCAAAAAACAUAAAAAAUCAGGACCAAAAAAAUUAUCUCUCCGCUUGUCAAAAUCACUACAACAACACAACAUUUAAAAAAUUAAACAAACUUUCCCUUUUCUUUCUUUCUCCAUCUCCUCAUCUUGGUCUCAACGUUUCAUCUCUCACUUUUUUAUUCUUACACCUUUUUUUUCUUUAUUUUUGAUUAUUCCAAAUUCCCUUCAUCAUUAUUCCACCUCCUAUAUUCAUACAACAUCAGUCAUGUCCAUGCUGGAAACUAGUCAUAAUUUAAAUACAACAACCACAACAAGUCGGAAGAACAGCGAUCAAAAGCUACGUACAUUCAGCCCUGUCAUACUAUUCCAUGAUCACCAAUAUGUAAAAGCAGGAUCAGGUGACCUUGAACAUAUCCAUAUUCCUUACGGUGAUCCAUCUUACGGAGCACAUCUUGAAUCGCAUAAGAAGAGAAUACAUGAGAUGCUUCAGACCAAUGAACAUCCUGAACCUAUUUCUGCCGCAGAACAGCCUCAUCAUUAUCGAUCCUCGCCUCAUCGUCAAACAUCACCCGUGCCUUCCUUAGUCUCGUCUUCUUCUCCAAGCCCACCUUAUUUACGUCAACAUUAUCAGCCUAAUUACUAUCAGUACAAACACUUUCAUCAUCACAGUGCCCCUCCUUCACCACCAGCAGACCAACCCAGUCGUACCUCGGCUACCCAUGAGCACAUGACAGUUGGCAAUAAAUCAGUAGAAUCCGUGACUCCUGUCACCCAUCCCAAGUCUUCUACUCAACCCACUGCUACUACCACCCCUUCUGCCGCCGCCAACAACAACAAUAGCAACAACAACAGCAACAAGCGCCGACGUGGGAACCUGCCAAAGGCAGUGACAGCUAUCCUUCGUGAUUGGCUUUCCAGACAUAAAAAGCAUCCGUACCCCACUGAAGAAGAAAAGGCUGCGUUGGCUGCAGAAACCAAUUUGAACAUGAACCAGAUUAGCAAUUGGUUUAUUAAUGCCAGAAGACGUAUAUUACAACCUAUGCUCGAAAAAGAAGAAGAGGAGAAGAAUGCGACGACGCACCAUUUGCAACGGCAACACGAUGCCUAUCAUCGUCACCCUCCCACCCAUACGACUCCCAGUGCUCUGUCUCCACCUUAUGAUGACUCCAGCAUUCACCCUGCCUAUCAUCACGCUUCUCCCCCUGGUAUCCCGUCAAUUUAUCACCCUUCUCCUCAACAGCAACAUCUGCCUCAUUCACCUCCUUAUGAUCAACAACAACAACAACAACAACAACAACAACAACAACAACAGCAACAGCCCAGAAGACUGAGUGGUAGAAAAAGAUCGGCAGCUGAAGCCGUCUUGACACCUACAAAAUACCCUCCGCAAAAAAGAAUGUCUUCCACUCAUGCUGCCAACAGGAAAAACAGAAGCUAAGCUUUCUUUUUUUCCAAUAUUUAUAAUAACUAUUUCUCAUUGUAUACUUUUGUAACAUUUCUAUUUUAUUUUUUUCAUAUUUAUUUAUAUCCAUUCCCAAAUAUUUAUCAUUUUAUGUAUAUCCCCCAAUCUUUUCUUUUUUAUAUAUAACUAUUCCCCCUUUCCCAUUUUCCAGCUUUUACUUUUUUUUUCUAUUACUCUUCUCAUUGUGAGGAAGCCUCUCUCUAAAAAA